AGCGGAAACCGGAAGUCCUUUGCCGGGAGGUUCUGGGUUUCCUGGUUACUACGAUGGCGAUGAGUUUCGAGUGGCCGUGGCAGUAUCGCUUCCCGCCCUUCUUUACGUUACAGCCGAACGUGGACACUCGGCAGAAGCAGCUGGCCGCUUGGUGCUCGCUGGUCCUGUCCUUCUGCCGCCUGCACAAACAGUCGAGCAUGACGGUGAUGGAAGCUCAGGAGAGCCCGCUCUUCAACAACGUGAAGCUGCAGCGGAAGCUUCCUGUGGAAUCAAUCCAGGUUGUAUUAGAGGAACUGAGGAAGAAAGGAAACCUCGAGUGGUUGGAUAAGAAUAAGUCUAGCUUCCUGAUCAUGUGGCGGAGGCCAGAAGAAUGGGGAAAGCUCAUCUAUCAGUGGGUUUCCAGGAGUGGCCAGAACAACUCCGUGUUCACCCUGUAUGAACUGACCAAUGGGGAAGACACAGAGGAUGAGGAGUUCCAUGGGCUGGAUGAGGCAACCCUACUGCGGGCUCUGCAGGCCCUACAGCAGGAGCACAAGGCCGAGAUCAUCACCGUCAGCGAUGGCCGAGGCGUCAAGUUCUUCUAGCAGAGACCUAUCUCUCUUUACUUCUUACCUCCCACCCUUCCAGGGCUUUCAAAAGGAGACAGACCCAGUGUCCCCACAGACUGGAUCUGUGACUCCACCAGACUCAAAGGGCUCCAGUUCAGGCAUGGGUUUCCUACUUAGUCCAUGUGUCUGUCCCUGGGAAAGGGCAAGGCUGAGCUGCCAGGGAGAAAAGAUGUGCUGCUUCUUGCCCCACCUCCUCUCCUGCCCUAGACUGUCCCUGAGCCAGGGUCUGUAAACCUAACACUUCUCAUGUGUUCACACACAUAAGUACGUACACACACACGCCUGCAGAAUAUUCUGUUUCUCCCCCCUCCCACCCCCUCUCCUCUCAGGCUGGUCCUGGAUCCUUCCUGGGGGAUGGGGGAAGCCCUGGCUGCUGGCAGCCUUCCAGGCACUAUGAAGAUAGGAGGCCCAAGAAGGGGCCUGGCAGUGGGAGGUGGGGCCAGACACUGAUUUAUGAUAUUAAAAAGCUCAAUCCCA